AGAGAGAGAGAGAGACACAGAUAUGGGAAGCUUGUUCGAUGAAACUUCUAAUGGCUUCACUUCAUUUCAGACAGCUGGAAAGGUCAUUACGAGUAAGGCUGCAAUUGUUUGGGGACCGGGACAGCCAUUUGUAAUAGAAGAAGUGAAAGUCGAUCCUCCUCAAAGGAUGGAGGUUCGGAUUAAGAUCCUCUACACUUCAGUCUGUCAUACCGAUCUCAGUGCUUGGAAAGGCGAGAACGUGGCGCAUCGAGCCUAUCCUCGAAUCCUUGGCCACGAAGCUGCCGGAGUCGUGGAGAGCGUGGGAGAAGGGGUGUUGGACAUGAGAGAAGGUGAUCACGUGAUUCCCAUCUUCAAUGGAGAGUGUGGACACUGCGUCUACUGCAAAUCAGAGAAGACUAACCUGUGCGAGACGUUCCGAGUCAAUCCGCUCAAGAAGGUGAUGCACAACGACGGCAAGUCGAGGUUCACGAGCAGACAUGGCCAACCCAUCUACCACUUCCUUAACACCUCCACUUUCAGCGAGUACACCGUCCUCGACUCCGCCUGCGUUGUUAAGAUCCAUCCGGAGGCUCCUCUAAAGAAAAUGACCUUGCUUGCCUGUUGCGUUUCUACAGGGUUGGGAGCAGCAUGGAACACAGCGAAGGUGCAAGCAGGUUCCACAAUAGCCAUCUUUGGGUUGGGCAGUGUGGGACUAGCUGUUGCACAAGGAGCAAGAGCAAGAGGAGCUUCUAAGAUAAUCGGCAUCGACAUCAAUCCACAAAAAUUCAUCACGGGACAAUCGAUGGGAGUCACGGAUUUCAUCAAUCCUAACGAUCUCCAGGAACCCUUGCAUGAGAAAAUAGUGGAAAUGACAGGAGGAGGAGUAGACUACAGCUUUGAGUGUGUAGGGAACCUAGGGGUUUUGCGUGAGGCCUUCUUAUCUACACAUGAUGGUUGGGGGUUGACAGUAAUUUUAGGAAUUCAUCUUUUACCAAAGAUGCUCCCCUUCCAUCCAAUGGAGUUGUUUGAAGGUAGGAAACUGAUCGGAUCAGUCUUUGGAGACUUCAAAGGAAAGACACAAUUCCCUGAUUUUGUUGAUCAAUGCAUGCGUGGGGUAGUGAACUUAGAUGGUUUCAUAACUCAUGAGCUUCCCUUCACCAAAAUAAACGAAGCAUUCCAAUUGCUGAUCGAUGGCAAAUCUUUGAGGUGCCUCCUGCUGCAUUAAGCUUUACUCUUACU